GAGCAGAGUACGGGUUCAGACACUGAAGCAUUGGCUGAGAGGACAUCCUGCUCUUUUGACACGCACUCUGACCUCACAUCCGGCGGCCCCAUUUCUCAACCACCUCCUACCUCAUCCAUGGAGGAGAUCCAGGUGGAAUUGCAGUGUGCUGACCUCUGGAAACGGUUCCAUGAUAUUGGCACAGAAAUGAUCAUCACUAAAGCAGGCAGGAGAAUGUUUCCUGCAAUGAGAGUGAAGAUUACCGGCCUGGACCCCCAUCAGCAGUAUUACAUCGCCAUGGACAUUGUGCCUGUGGAUAACAAGAGGUACAGGUAUGUGUAUCACAGCUCCAAGUGGAUGGUAGCGGGCAACGCAGACUCCCCUGUGCCCCCAAGGGUUUAUAUUCACCCUGACUCGCUGGCAUCUGGGGACACCUGGAUGCGGCAGGUUGUCAGUUUUGAUAAACUCAAACUGACCAACAACGAACUAGACGACCAAGGCCAUAUAAUCCUGCACUCAAUGCACAAGUAUCAGCCCCGCGUCCAUGUUAUCCGCAAAGACUUCAGCAGUGACCUGUCUCCCACGAAGCCAGUCCCCACAGGGGAUGGGGUGAAAACCUUCAACUUCCCAGAGACUGUCUUUACCACCGUCACUGCUUAUCAGAACCAGCAGAUUACACGAUUAAAAAUUGACCGGAAUCCAUUUGCAAAAGGGUUCAGGGAUUCUGGAAGAAACAGAACUGGCCUGGAGGCCAUUAUGGAAACAUAUGCAUUCUGGAGGCCUCCCGUGCGCACGCUCACCUUUGAAGAUUUCACCACCAUGCAAAAACAACAAGGGGGCAGCACAGGCACUUCUCCAACCACAUCCAGCACAGGAACACCUUCGCCUUCUGCAUCCUCUCACCUUCUCUCUCCAUCAUGCUCACCGCCGGCCUUCCACUUGGCCCCCAACUCUUUCAAUGUCGGCUGCCGGGAGAGCCAGCUGUGCAACCUUAACCUCUCUGAUUAUCCUCCAUGCGCAAGAAGCAACAUGGCCACCCUGCAGAGCUACCCAGGGUUGGGCGACAGUGGAUACAACCGGCUGCAGAGUGGUGGUGCGCCUGCCACUCAACCCUCUGAAAACUUCAUGCCUCAGCGGACUCCAUCUUUGAUCUCAGGGAUGCCGGCUCCUCCUUCGCUGCCCAGCAACGGCAAGAUGGAAGCUUACGGUGGCCAGCUGGGGUCAUUCCCGACUUCGCAGUUCCAGUACGUCAUGCAAGCUGGCAACCCUGCCUCCACUUCAUCUUCCUCACAUAUGUUUAGCGGCGGCCACAUGCAGCAGAGCUCCUACAACGCCUUUUCCCUUCACAACCCUUACAACUUGUAUGGAUACAAUUUCCCAGCUUCUCCGAGGUUGGCAGGAAGCCCCGAGAAACUGGCCAACACCCAAAGCACUUUACUUUGCUCUUCGCCUUCCAACGGGGCCUUUGGAGAGAGGCCAUAUCUGUCGACGGGAAUGGAUCAUGGGAUGCAUGUGAUCAGUCCUCCCGGCAACAGCCAACCCCCAGCCAACGCUUGCGAUAAUAGACAAUACGGGGCUGUCCCAGGGUCCUCUUCACAAAUGUCAGUGCACAUGGUUUAACUGGUGCUUGGAGCCACCAUCCUGGUCGACAGUGAGCGAGGAUCUCGUCAUUUCUAUGGGAGAUCUCAUCCCUGUUUCUUUUCAGCUUUUGAAAAAGGACUUGUUUGUGAACAAUGAAUGUAAACACAAGCCAUCCUUAGCUAGAUCCCAAAGAACCUGAUAGCAGCAGACUGGAAUCAAGACCGUCAUGUAACUGAGUGGCUUCUGUUCCUAAUGGAUUUUUAAAAAAUAAAUAAACAAAGAAAAUGGCAUUGUUUGUGGAAAACCUGGGGUGGGGUGGGGAGACCUAUAUAGUAUAUGCAUUAACUAUCUGAACUUGGUGCGAACUGUUCACAACAGAGGAAGUCCAGUGUGGGUGUGCUGUUCCUUCUGUUUCCCAGCUGCAAGCAACAAGACUUCGUUCCCUAGAUCUGCACUGCCAGUAAGAGGCCCUUGUUGUAACAUCACCAUCUUUCCCUAUCUUGUCAUCUACAGUCAUUAAGUUGAAUCUACGGCUUUCUCUCACCCACUGUAGGAAAAGAACAUUGUGUUUGAAGUGGGCAUUCUCUUCCUUGAGUAAUCUUUUUUGGUGUUCAUGCUGUUGGGGGCCUUUCGCUCUCCCUAGACGACAAUAAUUUUCCUAAUGAAAGCGUGCCAUCGAAAAGAGGGCGAGGGAGGAUUUAAACCAUUAAAAAAAGGGUUUCUUUAACUUUGCAGGGAAAGGCCUCUGUUAAACAUGCUUGGUAGCAAAAAAAGAGGAUCUCUGCUGCACAAGAUUCUGUGUUGAAAAUGCUGCGUAAGGGGAAACGGAGUUUACCGUAUUUUUUCGUGUAUAAGACACCCCCAUGUAUAAGACGGCCCCUAUUUUUUUUAACCCAAAAUUAAGAAAUUAAGUUGUUUAGCUUUUUUUUGGGGGGGGGAGGUCACUUCUGCCAAUCGCUCACCUUCCCGCUACUGCUGAUUGCUUGCCACAGCCACUGCCGAUUGCACACCUCACCGCAGCCGCCAAUUUUCUGCCCUCUCGCCACCACCACCAGUCCACCCGCCCACUUGCUGCAGCUGCCAAUUGCCUGCCCAAUUGCCAUAGCCAAUCGCCAGCAGGCCUUGCUGCAGCCAUCAAUCACCCACCCAAUCGCUCCUGCCAAUCUCCUACUUAUGAGGAA